AUGGAAAAGAUAGAGAAUUCUAGGAAGGUUAAGGGUGCAGCAAAGGAAGAAGCGCUGAACAUGUUGCAGUCGGAGAAAACUCCCAAGCGGUCUUCUGCGACCAUCCGCAAAGAUCUUGCGGAGAAAGCUGCGGCCGAGCUCAGGGCCAAGGCGUCUAAAAUCCAGCAGCUGGAGCUAGAUCUGAAGGCGGCCGACCAGCGGGCAACGGAUGCUGAGACGGCCAAGAAGGGGGCGGAGGAGGCCCAGAAGAAGGCAGACGAGAACGCCAAGCAGGCUGAUGAGGCACUCAAGAAGGCCCAGGCGGACCUUGGCAAACUGAAAGCCAAGGUUGAGAGGCUGGAGAAGGAUGCUGCUCAAGCUCAGAAAAACUUUGCAACAACCCUGGAGGCGGAGCAAAACCGCCUUGUUGCUGAGUGUGAUGCUGACAACGACGCCUGUAUGAAGAUUGCUUGGGCUGCCUUGUACCCAGAAGCUGAUUAUAGCAUCUAG